GGCAGUGGCAGCGGCGGCGCGGGCCAAGGAGACCAGGCGGAUGCCGCCAUGCAGCACUAUGGGGUGAAUGGCUACUCCCUGCAUGCUAUGAACUCACUCAGCGCCAUGUACAACCUGCACCAGCAGGCAGCCCAGCAGGCCCAGCACGCCCCCGACUACCGGCCAUCAGUGCAUGCGCUUACAUUGGCUGAGCGCCUAGCUGACAUCAUCUUGGAGGCCCGCUAUGGCUCCCAGCACCGUAAACAACGUCGGAGUCGCACGGCGUUCACGGCCCAGCAGCUUGAGGCCCUGGAGAAGACCUUCCAAAAGACUCAUUACCCAGAUGUGGUGAUGCGCGAGAGGCUGGCCAUGUGUACCAAUCUUCCUGAGGCCCGUGUGCAGGUGUGGUUUAAGAACCGCAGGGCCAAGUUCCGAAAGAAGCAGCGCAGCCUGCAGAAAGAGCAGCUCCAGAAACAGAAGGAGGCCGAGGGUUCCCACGGAGAAGGCAAGGUGGAGGCCCCAGCCUCAGACACGCAGCUGGAAACAGAACAGCCUCCCGGUCUGCCCAGUGGUGAUCCUCCUGCUGAACUUCAGCUGAGCCUGUCGGAGCAGUCAGCCAGCGAGUCUGCCCCAGAAGAUCAGCUGGACCGUGAAGAGGACUCCCGGGCCGAGGAGCCCAAAGCUGAAAAGAGCCCUGGAUCUGAGAGCAAGGUGCCAGGCUGCAAGAGGGGCAGCCCUAAGGCAGAUUCCCCAGGCAGCCUGGCCAUAACGCCCACAGCCCCAGGGGGCGGCCUCCUUGGUCCUUCCCACUCCUACUCCUCGUCCCCACUCAGCCUCUUCCGUCUGCAGGAGCAGUUCCGCCAGCAUAUGGCGGCCACCAACAACCUGAUGCACUACUCAUCUUUUGAAGUGGGCGGUCCCGCACCUGCAGCGGCUGCAGCUGCAGCGGCUGCUGUGCCCUACCUAGGGGUCAACAUGGCCCCAUUGAGCUCCCUACACUGCCAGUCCUAUUACCAAUCCCUGUCAGCAGCUGCUGCUGCCCACCAGGGUGUGUGGGGGUCCCCAUUGCUGCCGGCGCCCCCCACAGGCCUGGCACCUGCCACCGCUGCCCUGAACAGUAAAACCACGAGCAUUGAAAACCUUCGCCUCCGGGCCAAGCAGCACGCUGCAUCCCUGGGACUGGAUACACUCCCCAAUUGACUGUCUGGCUUCUAACCCAACCAUGGUCUUGGGUGUACCCCUGUCUCGGUCCCAUGGUUAUUCCCAGAAGGCUCUCCAAGUUCUCCUAGAACUAACUUUGAGAGCCCAGGGACGCUGGGGCCUGGAGUCCUUUCACCUUGUCUCCCUUAUUCAAAGUCCCAAUCCCAAGUGAAACCUACACACCCUCUGCAUGGCCCUGCUUGGACCCCAUGGAGGUCAAAUGGGGAGGAGGGGAGCAACUGGCUACACCCCCUCCUCCUUAUUGCCUCCUCCCUUCUGCUCCCCCAUUAGUAAGUUGAAGUGUGGAAUGUGAGAUAUAAAUAUAAAUAUAUAAAACUAUAUUUUCAGGCACUGCCUGCCCCAGGCCCCCUUUCCCUGUUCUCACAUCGCCACUACCCUUGCCCCUGAGAUUCACUCCAGCAGUCUCUCUCUCUCUCUCUCUCUCUCAUUCCCUCUCAUCCUCCUUUUUCUCCUGAUCCCCCCUCCCCUGCAGCCCCACUGCCUCUGUCUUGAUCUCUGUCCCUCUACUUACCUGGAUCUACCUGCUAUGCCUUCCCUUGGCCUUUGGUGCUGGCUUUAUUAUUGUCCCGUAUUCUCAAACAGUGUUUCUUUUGGGGGUUGUAGUUUUUUUUUUUUUUUUUUUUUUUUUUUUUUUUUUUUUUUUGGUUUUAGUCAUUUUGUUUCUUCCUGUUUCUCUUCUGCUCUGCUUGGCUAUCUCCUCCCUUAACCUGAACUCUCUCUAGGCAACUCUUCCAUUCCAUGCCCCAAGAUUCAUCAAAGCCCUACUUGGAGACCCAGGAGCAACAGGCAGGAGGUAGCUCUAACCCCACAGCAUCUCCAGAUAUUAGGAGGGGCUCACAGUCACCUUUUCUUCUCUUUCCUUGCUUGGAAGUACCCGCUCCCCAGAUUGCAGAGGGGCGUGCAGCCGCAGUAGAACAGAGACCUCAUUGCAGGGUUCUAGAAUCCCUUCUCAGCAAACCCUUAUGGCUACAUACGGUCUCGGGAUUUGUUGGCUUCCUGUUGCAGAGGCAGGUGUGGGAGUAGGCGCUUCUGUCUCGUUAGUCACUGGCAUGGCAAGGUGUGUUCUUCUAUGUCUAGGCAACCCUGCUCUGUGGACGCCCUUUCAAGCUUGCUGGGACUGUCUUGUCUGGAUAAGAUGAUUUAGAAGAUUCUGUUCAUUUCCAACCACCCAGUGUUCUGUGCCACAACCUUGUAUGGCAGAGGCUUUAAUUAAGUUUAAUAAUAAUAACGGCAGCAUAAGCACUUAGAGAAGCCCAGUUUGUAAGUUAGAACAUUACUGUUGUUUUGCUGAGGAACAGUGAGUCCUGCAUACCGAAGAUCUCUGUGGAUACUGCCUCCAUUUCCCAGUAAAUGUAAUGGCUCCUUUUUAGGUUAGACAAUCUGGAUUUGAUCCUAUUUUUCUUGGAUUCCAGUGUGAGCCUUGGGGGGGCUACUCCAUUCCCCUGCCCAUGGUGUGGGGUGGGCAAGAUUACUUGAAGAGAUUCGUGGUUAUGACUCCCCAACCCUUUGGCACGCCACAGAACCCUCAACCCCAUGCCCACACAGUGGUGGCCUGGCAUGACUGGCCUACAGAGCCAAUAGUGCCCACCUUAGUAAUGUCAGUCUGGACUGGGGCAGGAGAAGGUUUUAGCCAGUAAAAAGUGAGACAGGAAAAGCAUGAAAGAAAGAAACAGGAGAUAGUGAGCACGAGUGAGCCACGGAACACGAGGUGACUGGCCUCGUGAGAGGUGAGGCAGAGAGCCUAGGACGCAGUCUCACAUUCCCACUUCCACGCAGCAGCACCAAAGGCAGUUGAGGGUUUCUUAAGAAGGGGUAUCUUCCUGGGUUCUAGAAUCUGCGAACAUCAGAGGAGGAGAGACUUAGACAGGGAGAUGAGAGGUUAGCAAAUCCUUAGGGAGAUGAGGGGGUUCUGGGUUAGGGAGGGCUCCAUGAUUCAUAGUUACCCUAUUGUGGUUAGCUUCAAGAAGUUAUGUUUCUGUAUUGUCUCAUCUGGAACCAGGCACAGGGCUGAAACUGUCUUUCUGUUCCUGGGUGCAAGUGACUGAUUGUCACUGGGACUUGGGAUCUAACACUUCUAGGUAUUACCAUCUCCAGAAGCCUCCCCAACCUCCUAAGGAGCAAGGCCACCUGAGGUCAUAUCCUGUCAUGACAUGAGCCUGGUCUAUCCCAGGCUUUUCCAAACUCUCUUAGAUCUUUGUCAUGUGUUCUCAUGUGCUGACCCAAAUCCUCAAGGCCAGAGAAGGGAGGGAAGACACACGUGGGUUUUAUCUUCAUGACCAUGUCUUCUUAGGAGGAUUAGAGGGCCCGAUUCUUUGAAGAAAUUGUGGGUGAGCCCACCUGCCUGACACUGUUGAUGGAAUCUCUCUCAGGCCUGCUGGUCACUUAGGGCAGAGAGCCCAAGGAUUAAACCCUUACAAGCCCUUCUAAGAAGAGUCCUGUACGUCUCUGCUCUGUUUGAGGUCUCCUUUGCCCUGCUUCCUCAUUUCCCUAGAGCAUGGCUCAGGGGCCUGGGUCCCCAUUUCUAUGCAGAGGCUGACUGGCUGUAUAGACUGCUUUUCAAACCAGCUGUUUUGUGAUCACUUGUGCUUAGAGGUUGUACCAGGCCUUGGCAAAAAAAAAAAAAAAAAAAAACACCGUGUAUUGUAUUUAUUUAUUCUGUUAGUUGAUGAAGCAAAACUCAAACCUCUCACUUUCCCUCGUACUGCCCCCUGCGUAGCACAGCAUGAUGCUCUGUCCUGUGUAUCUGUCAGUCUUUUGGCCUUACUUCCUGUGACUUUGUGAUCUGUUCGUUGUCUUAAUUGGCUAAUAAAAGAGAACCUGGCAGCACA